AUGGUCUGCAAGUUCGUCGGAGGGUACAUAGUGCUGGUGGCUCUCGUGCUAGCCGGUAGUUUGAGUUCGUCCAGCGGCGCAAAGAUUUUGGCCGUGUUUCCGAGCAUCAGCAAGACGAACUACAUCUUCGGGCAGGUACUGUUCGAGGCACUUGCAGCACGUGGACACAAUGUAACUAUCGUGAGUCCCUUCGAGGUGCAGUACGCGCACGAAAACAUCCGCCAGGUGAGGAUAACGGGACUGUACAGCCACGUCGAAGAUUAUGGACUCACGGCGAACGUGUUCACCAAGCGGGACAAAUCGAGCUUCUACGGUAACACCAACCUGAUCUACGGUACGGCGGCGAUGGCCGACUACACGCUGGGUCAUGCGAAGGUUCAGGAACUGUUGAAGAACCCAUCCGAGGCGUUCGACCUGCUCCUGCUGGAUCAGGUGCUGUGUGAAAGUUUACUCGGGCUGGCUUAUCAUUACGGUGUGCCGGCGAUUGUGUACAGUGCCGAGGCCCCGAACAAGUACACCAACGAGAUGGUGGCGAACCCGCACAAUCCGGCCUACAAUCCGAUCCCGUCGCUCGGUUACUCCGACCGCAUGACGCUGGUGCAGCGCGUCUGGAACACGUUCGUGUCGGUGUGCGAGCAGUUUAACUACAAGUACCUGUACCUACCGUCGCAGGAAGCCGUCUACCAGCGGCAUUUCCAACGGAAGGGGACACUACCCCCGCUGUUGGAUCUGAUCCACAACGUAAGCCUGGUGCUGGUCAAUAGCCAUCCGGUGAUCAACUUCGCGCGCCCAUUCGUACCAAACAUGAUUGAGGUCGGUGGGGUGCACAUCCGGGAGUUCGAGGAUACCGGGUUCUCGCAGGACGUCAUCAAUUGGGUGGAGAAGGCCAAGAAUGGCGUCAUCUACUUCAGUAUGGGCACGAACAUUCGGUCGGCGGACUUCCCCGACUAUCUGCGGGAUGCGUUCACGGGUGCGUUCGGACGGUUGAGCCAGGUACUGGUCAUCUGGAAGUGGGAGAACGCGACGUUGGCCAACCAAUCGGGGAAUGUCAUCGUCGGUCCGUGGAUGCCGCAGCAGCAGCUUCUGGCGCACCCUAACGUGAGGCUCCAUAUCACGCACGGUGGGUUGCUGAGCAUGAUGGAGACGGUGUACUACGGCAAACCGAUCCUCGGGCUUCCACUUGCCGGCGAUCAGGAGAUCCUGGUGAACCGUGCCGUUGACGCUGGUUACGGUCUAAAACUGGACUAUCAAAAUGUCACCGAGGAACUAGUGUUGGAGUUAAUUAAUGAAAUGCUCAACGAGCAAAGCUUCCGCUACGCCGCUCUCAAGGCAUCGCGACAGUUCCGCGAACAGCCGCAAAAACCGAUGGAGAAGGCCCUCUACUACAUCGACUACGUCCUCAAGAACGACGGUGGCGUCAACUAUCUGCGCAGUGGAGCUCUCUAUCUGUCGUUCUGGUCGCGCCAUGUCGUCGACGUGGCGAUCAUGGUGCUGCUGAUCGUGAUGCUACCGGUCGGGUUGUUUGCGACGCUUAUUCAAAUCAUUCUGCGCAAAACGCACCAGCGAAAGUUGAAGAACGCGUCCACCGCCGACAAGACGAGCAGCGCAGGAAAGCCGACAGAAUCGAAAGAAUUGAAAAAGAAACGGAACUGA